AAGAAACAAAAAAGGAAAACCGAGAGAAAGAAGAGAAAGAGAGACUUUACCUGUUCAACGAACCGCCGAAUGCUUCAAUAUCAGAAUCAAGAACUGAAAGUCUAACAUGCGCCCGGCACGUUACCGAUGAAGCAAGCAACUUUAAUCAGACACAGACCCAGAUUUUCCAGAAGAACUGCAGCACAUCCAGUUCCAGUUCUAGCGAAAAUGUGGCUCCAACGGCAUUGGCUAGUCAAUAAAAAAGCAAUAACAACAAACACAACAGCAACAUUAACAACAACAGCAACAACUACAACAACGAGAGCAAGAAGAACAACCACAGCAAGGAGAUUUUGCUGUCCAUACCAAAUAGUAGAAGUAUUAGUAGCCUUAAUCUUAGUCAAUUGCCUGGCCCCGAUGACAUUGGCGCUGAUUACGCCCCCAUCUGAAACAGAGGAUAGUAGCAUAUACGAGUCAAUAUAUACAGAUCAGCAGCAGCAGCAGCAGGAGCAUUAUCAGGAUGAUCAAUCGCUGGUUAACUUCUAUCGAAGUCCACAUCGAUUAGAUGGCUACUAUACACCUGUGUCCAAUGCCGCCAAUUUGGCUGAUCUACAACGACAACAGCUACUCCAGCGGAGUCAGAAUUUUAAAUUCCAUCCGAAGCCAUGCUCCUUCGGCCGUGUCGAAGGCACCUGCAUGUUCGUGUGGGAGUGCAUCAAGUCAGAGGGCCAACAUAUUGGCAUGUGUGUGGAUUCCUUUAUGUUCGGUUCGUGCUGUGCUCACAAUUACACGGACAACAUUGUGUUACCCCAGACAGCCUUCUCCUAUACAAGGCCCACAAAGCCGCUGACCUUAAGGCCGAGGCCACCGCAUCAACCGCACAAGCCAAUGAUUAGCGGCAUGACCACAAUCGAGCGACCUCAUGGUGCUGGAACUUUGGUAAUUCGUCCUUCGGGUCCGCAUCAUCAGGGCACAUUGUCCAGGCCGCAUCCGCCACCGCAUACCAAGCCAACAUCGGCCCCGGAUCUGCAGACAGCGGCCAGCCAGGGUGGUUCAUCUAUAUCCAAUAGUAUUUGGCAUACAUCAACGCAACAGCAGCAGCAACAACAACAUCAAAAUCACUGGCACAUGACCACCGAGCCGAGCUUUAUUACAAAACCUCGACCCACCGCCUGGACCAAGCCUGGUAUCGUCAAUUUGCCAAUGCCGGGUCGUCCCUCCAAGCCGGCAAAGCCCACAAAGAAGCCGAUUGUCUAUGAGCGUCCACCGCCAACUACAGCAAAACCAACAAUAUCCACAACAACAACAACACCACCACCAACAACAACAACAAGGAGAACAACCACAUCGAUGACUCUUUCAGGGCAGACAAACCCCACCAGGCCGCAGCUGUCGCCGGGCACAUCAUUAGCAACAUCCUCGUCUCCGUCUACGAUGGUUUCGACCACAACGAAAGCGACAACAACAACAACAACAACGACAAAAGCGACCACAACAACAACGGGUAAACCAACAAAGCCCUAUCAGAGGCCCACCACAAGCUCAACAACAACAACAACAUCAAGCAAGACACCCACCACGUCCAGGCCAAGUCAUCCCAGCAGCAGUAUCAUCAACAGCAGCAGCAGCAGCCAGAAACCUAGCCAACCUACGCGUCGUCCCAUCCUGGCCACAUCGGGCCACAUAGAAACCAAUGAGAUAACGGACUCAUCUACACACGACCACGAUGACGUCGAUUCAGCAAUGGGCAAUGUAAAGACCAUUUCGGCGGCACGUAGCGAAUGCGGUGUGCCAAUGCUGGCGCGUCCAGAGACCCGCAUUGUGGGCGGCAAAAGUGCUGCCUUCGGUCGCUGGCCAUGGCAGGUGUCGGUGCGUCGCACCUCGUUCUUUGGCUUCUCCAGCACCCAUCGUUGCGGUGGCGCUUUGAUCAACGAGAAUUGGAUAGCCACAGCUGGGCACUGUGUGGACGAUCUGCUCAUCACACAGAUACGCAUCCGUGUGGGCGAAUAUGAUUUUAGCCAUGUACAGGAGCAGUUGCCUUAUAUUGAACGUGGCGUGGCCAAAAAGGUGGUGCAUCCGAAAUACAAUUUCUUUACAUAUGAAUAUGAUUUGGCAUUGGUUAAAUUGGAGCAACCAUUGGAAUUUGCUCCGCAUGUCAGUCCCAUUUGUUUGCCAGAGACCGAAAGCCUCUUGAUUGGAAUGAAUGCCACUGUUACGGGUUGGGGUCGUCUAAGUGAGGGGGGGACAUUGCCUUCAGUUUUGCAGGAGGUGUCAGUGCCCAUUGUAAGCAAUGACAAUUGUAAAUCGAUGUUCCUGCGCGCAGGUCGCCAGGAAUUUAUACCAGAUAUCUUUCUAUGUGCAGGCUAUGAGACAGGCGGCCAGGAUUCUUGUCAAGGCGAUUCAGGUGGACCACUACAAGCCAAAUCCCAGGAUGGUCGCUUCUUUCUUGCUGGCAUCAUUUCUUGGGGCAUUGGCUGUGCCGAGGCUAAUCUUCCAGGUGUUUGUACACGUAUAUCCAAAUUUGUACCCUGGAUAUUGGAGCAUGUCAGAUGAUAAUUGGCGUGAGAAAAAGAUAGACAGAAAGCAAGAGAGAGAUAGAGCAAAACUCCUGAAAUUUUUGUUAUUGUUUUAAUUUAUCAAGUUGUAUCUUUAAGUUUGUGUGAUUUAUUUUAAAUGAAUGUUAAGCUUAGUUAGCUUCAAUUUUAAUAAUUGACAUUGCCACACACCCACACCUACAUACACAGACACACCCACAUACACUUACAUAUAUACACACACUCACAGUCAAAAUCCCAUUAAGUUUAGUCUAGCGAAAAUGUUUCCCUUAGUAAAGUUAGACCCUUGAUAUUUUGAUAUAUACAUACAUAUAUAUUAAUGACAUUGAAAAUAUUUGUACAUAGCCGAAUCAUAAACAGAAAAAGUCAUUAUCAUUUUCCAUAAAUGUUGUUGGUAUGU